AUCGGCCAUGCAAGCAGAAAACUAAGACGCAGAGCGCGCUGGUAAAUCUCUCCAAAUACAGUGAAAUGGCAGAAGCCAAUAUUUCAGUGGAUCUGGACCAGUUCAGCUGUUCAGUGUGUCUGGAUCUGCUGAAGGAUCCAGUGACGAUUCCCUGUGGACACAGUUACUGUAUGAUCUGCAUUACAAACUACUGGAAUCAGGACGAUCAGAAGGGAAUCUACAGAUGCCCUUUAUGCAAACAAAUUUUCACAACAAGACCAGUUUUAGGCAAAAAUGUGGUGUUUGCUGAAAUGGUGGAGGAACUGAAGAAGACGAGACUCCAAGCUGCUGGUUCUGCAGUUCAUCACGCUGGAUCUGAAGAUGUUCAGUGCGACUCCUGCACUGAAAUGAAACAGAGAGCAGGGAAAUCAUGUCUGGAGUGUCGAAGCUCUUACUGUCAAAAUCAUCUUGAACAGCAUGAGAAUCUCUUCAGAGGUAAAAAACAUAAUCUGAUUGAUGCCAAUAGACGCCUGCAGGAGAUGAUCUGCCCUCGACAUAACAAAAUGUACUGAAAAUGUACUGCUGUACUGACCAGCGCUGUAUCUGUAUGCUGUGUUUGGUGGAUGAACACAAAAAUCAUGACACUGUAUCAAAUGCAGCAGAACGGGGGCCCAAACCCCCGGCCCCCGCAAUCAUAUUUGAGGUGGGGCAGCCCAAACUCCCAGCCCCCGUAAGCAUAUUUGAGGUGGGGGGACCCAAACCCCCGGACACGGCCCCGCCCCCGUAAGCAUAUUUGGGGUGGGGGAGACCAAACUACCGGCCCCUGUCCCUGUAAGCAUAUUUGAGAUAGUGGGACCCAAACCCCCAGCCUCUGCAAACAUAUUUGAGAUGGUGGGGCCCAAUCCCUCAGCCCCUACAAGUAUAUUUGAGGUGAGGGGGCCCAAACCCACGGCCCCCGCAAGCAUAUUUGGGGUGGGGGGGACCAAACCACCGGCCCCCGCAAGCAUAUUUGAGAUGAGGGGAGC